CGCCGAAUCGCUCGUGAGUAGCGGUCGUAGGUAGUUCCAUCCUUGCGCGGUGCCUUGUCGACUUUUCGACAUCGAGAAGACGCGCGACUUUUCCACUGCUGUAUACAUAACGCGCGAAAGCAUCUCUUAAACGGAAAGAACCCAAGAGGGAUCUCCUGAUCGUUGUGCGUCCGCGUUUAUCUGCUAAGUAUCGCCGGACACGACCCUGGACAGGUCUUCUCUCUGGAGGAUUACCGAUUCUCGUCAAGUGGAGGAAAAUAAGUGACGUGUAUCGUUGUCGUUGUAAAUUCGCGGGAUUGGUGUUAAGCGACGAGAAUUGACGGUGAAGAGUGCGCGUCUCCUGCGGAAUUGGAUUAAAAAAUUAAGAAAAAUUUAGAAUCCUCCUUCCUUGAGCCACGUCGUGACGUCGAGAUGCGCAAGCUACAAGACCACGAAGACAUGGGCGUGGAGACGGCUGACACCGGAGGUGGCUUUAGGCCGGAAAUUCAGGGUCGCAACAGGAAAUUGGAGCUUGAAAAUAUGGAGCGAGGACUUCACGAACGUGAUCGAGUCGGAGUUCAGGACUUCGUUCUUCUGGAGGAUUUCCAAAGCGAGUUAGCUUUCAUCGACAACUUGCGCAAACGUUUCAACGAGGAUCUCAUUUAUACGUACAUUGGCCAGGUAUUAGUGUCGGUAAAUCCAUACAAGAAACUACCCAUCUAUACCCCGGAAACAAUUCAGUACUAUCACAGGAGAAACUUUUUUGAGGCGCCUCCUCAUAUCUUCGCUCUUGCGGACACCGCCUAUCAAUCCCUGGCAAAGGAGAAUCGCGACCAAUGUAUCUUGAUUUCAGGCGAAUCCGGAUCUGGAAAAACAGAGGCAUCUAAAAAGGUUCUGGAAUUUAUUGCGGCAGCUACUGGACACAAGAAGCAAGUUGAACAAGUGAAUGAAAAACUAAUAGGCAGCAAUCCAGUGUUAGAAGCGUUUGGUAACGCGAAGACUAAUCGCAAUGACAAUUCCUCCCGUUUUGGCAAAUAUAUGGACGUUCAAUUCAAUUUCCAGGGAGAUCCAGUCGGUGGAAAUAUCUUGAAUUAUCUGUUGGAGAAGUCCCGAGUUGUUCAUCAAUCAAAUGGCGAGCGCAAUUUUCAUAUCUUCUAUCAGCUUUUAGCAGGCGCAGACGACGACACGUUGAAAAGAUUAUUCCUAAAACGAAAUCUGGACACUUUCUUCUACCUGAGCAGCGGGACGAAAGGUACAGUGGAUACCAUUGACGAUGCUAAUCAGUACAAAGAGGUUAUUAAGGCUAUGAAGACUAUGGAGAUGUCCCAGCAGGAACAGAAUGAUCUGUUUGCCAUAGUCUCGUCGGUACUGCAUAUGGGCAACGUGGGCUUCACGGAGGAGGAGGGUGUAGCGACAAUCCUAAAACCCGCGUCCGUCGACGCCAUUGCUACGUUAUUAGGAUGCGACGUAAAGCGACUGGCAAAGGCAUUCACUCAUCGUACCAUAAAUGCUCAGGGUGACGUUGUGGUUUCACCCUUGAAUAGAGAAUUAGCUAUCUAUGCACGAGACGCUCUAGCUAAGGCCGUGUACGACAGAUUAUUCACCUGGCUCGUGACCAGACUCAACAAGUCAUUGCAGCCUCUUACCAAUCCCCGACAUAAAAUGGUUAUGGGCAUUUUGGAUAUUUACGGCUUUGAGAUUUUCCAAAAAAACAGCUUCGAGCAAUUCUGCAUCAAUUUCUGCAACGAAAAACUUCAACAGCUGUUUAUUCAAUUGACGCUAAAAUCGGAGCAAGAGGAAUAUCUACGCGAAGGUAUAGCUUGGGAGAAUAUACAGUAUUUCAACAAUAAAGUUAUCUGUGACUUAAUUGAGGAGAAAUACAAAGGAAUAAUAUCAUUGAUGGACGAGGAAUGUCUACGGCCUGGAGAACCGACAGACUUGAGCUUUUUGGAAAAAUUGAAUGUAAAUUUGAACAAUCAUCCUCACUACAUCAGUCAUCAGAAGGCAGACAUACAAACGCAGAAGAUCAUGGGCCGAGAUGAAUUUAGAUUAAUACAUUACGCCGGUGACGUGACGUAUAAUGUUCGUGGAUUUCUUGAAAAGAAUAACGAUUUACUAUUUCGGGAUCUGCGCGAAGUUAUGUCACAUACGACGAAUUCUAUCACAAAGGCUGUGUUUGACGUGAAAGAUUUAAUCAGUAAGAAACGCCCAGAGACUGCAGUGACUCAAUUCAAGAAUAGCUUGAAUAAUUUGGUCGAGAUUCUCAUGGGCAAAGAACCGUCUUACAUUCGUUGCAUCAAACCUAAUGAUUUUAAGAUGCCAAAUCAAUUCAACGAGAAAAUCGUUCUACAUCAAGUAAAGUACUUAGGCUUGAUGGAGAAUCUGCGGGUUAGGCGCGCUGGUUUCGCGUAUAGAAGACCGUACGAACAAUUCCUGCAACGUUAUAAGUGCCUCUCCGUGGAUACAUGGCCGAAUUAUCAUGGUUCAGCAAAGGAAGGCGUACAGGUGCUCGUAUGUCAUCUGGGAUACAAACAGGACGAGUAUAGAAUGGGCAAUACAAAAUUGUUUAUCCGAUUUCCCAAAACGUUGUUCGACACAGAAGAUGCAUUUCAAAUGAAGAAACACGAAAUAGCUGCUAUCAUUCAAAGCAAAUGGAAGUGUAUAUUAGCAAGAAGAAGGUACUUGAAAAUGCGGGCUGCGGCGAUAGUCUUCCAGAAGUACAUUCGCAGAUGGCAUGCAAAACGCAUAGCGAAAAAACGGCGAAAUGCAGUUAAUACUAUUCGCAGAUUUAUCGAAGGAUUCAUCACUCGAAAUGGGCCUCCCACUAAAGUCAACAUGGCUUUCAUCGAAUUGGCAAAAUCGCAAUGGCUUAUCAGGCUCUCUAAAACAUUGCCACCGGGUGUCUUGAACAAUUAUUGGCCACCAUGUCCAUAUUCUUGCCGAGAGGCAUCAGAGCAUCUACGCGUAAUGUAUAAGAGAUGGAAGAGCCGUUGUUACCGAUUAGCAUUAAGUAAGGAAGAUAAGGAGCAUUUCGAAUUGAAGAUCCUCGCAGAAUCAGUGUUUAAAGGAAAGAAGAAAUCUUACGCGAAGAGCUUAGGCCCAAGAUUUAUAACCGAUCGUCUCGGCGAGGAACACAAAGCUCUACGACAGAGUCUUAAUAAUAUUCUGCCUUCCGGGGAAAGCAUAAAGUACGCUACUCCUGUUAUCAAGUAUGAUCGACAUGGUUACAAGCCACGCGAGAGAGUACUUAUUCUAACGCAAAAUGCCGUGUACAUCCUCGAUACGCUUAAGACGUUCAAACUUAAGCAUCGCUUACCUUACAAAGCCAUCGAGGAGUUGGUUGUCACCGGUGAAUCCGAUAAUUUACUCAUCGUCAGGAUACCACCUGAAUUAAAAAAGGAUAAGGGUGAUCUAAUCUUGGAAGUUCCGCACAUUAUAGAAGCUCUGACAAAAGCAAUUGAUAUCACUAGCAAUCCAAAUAUUCUUAAAAUCGUCAAUAACGAAUCUGUAUCUCACAAGCUAGUCAGUGGUAAAGAGGGGGUUAUCGAAUUCAAAACUGGUACCACCCCGGCGAUCAGUAAGAAUCGACAAAGCGGACACUUAUUAGUGGUUGUUUCUCCAUAAUACCAUAGAAGAUCUCUCGGAACAAAAAGCUCUACAAAAUGAGCAAAUGAAGCAAGUGCUAUGACGCCUAGAGCAGCCUUAAUCUAAUGUGAUUUAGUACAGAAUCGACAGAGUUUAAGAAGAGAUAAUAUAUGAAACUUUAACACAUCUGUUGAAUUACCACAUCAGAUUGAUACUUAUUGCAUAAUAGUGAUUGUAUAAUUAAUUUAAUUCAUGAAACAGGUCUGAUCGUUUUAGUUUUGACUCUUUCUUUCUCUGUUUCUCUCUUUCUCCUCUCCCUCUUCUUCUCUCUCUCUCUCUCUCUCUCUCUCUCUCUUUCUCUCUCUUUCCCUGCAUUUAUGAACUCUAAUUUUAUUUUGAAAGGAGAGAAAGAAGAAAAAAGAGAAGAAAACAAAAAAGAAAAAGAGAGCCAGAGCAAAUAAAGAAAAAUAGACUGAAACGAGCAGACCUAGUGCUCGUAAAUUGAUCAAAUGUGCCUUGAACUCUCUACUGCCUAAGAUAUUUGUUAAAAGUUUAGAGGAUCUUCACCUUUGCCUCUUGUAAUUUUUUUUUAAUGUUUUAGUAAUCAAUUACUUUUUAAUAUUUACAGUUAAAAAACUGAUUCAAUUCAUAUGUAUAAAAAAAAAAUAAAUCUAUAGUGUAAUUAGGGGCAAUAGAGGGUUGAAAGAUUUUGUAUUAUCUUUACAGUGUGUAAGAUUAUAUCGAAGUUGUUUUAGAAAGAAACAAAAGUGCCAUACGGCCGCUUGUACAAUAUUUUUCGUGUAAAACACCGAUAGGCUGUAAAUUAGAUGACAAUUGAUAUUUAUUUUAAUAGAGGAAAAUAGUUGAGUUUGUUGAUAAA